AGACACGCCCAGUUGCGUCCUGACUGCUCACGUGCUGUGUUGAUUCAGUCACAUGACUCUGCACUUCCCUGUUCUCUCCCUUCCUGCGAUAUGAGUAACACAAAAUACUAAUAAAUACGUUUGUACGGUUUAAAAGGAUAGCGUGAUACGACACCGGGGAUUAAUUACGUCGCCGAGGCGAACAGAAAGACUGCAAGUUCAGUGAGAUUCAAGGAAUCGUUUCCUGUACGAUUCGGUGUGAUUUGACGCAGCGUUGGUUAGCUUAGCUUAGCUUAGCUUUCUCCAUCAAUAGCAUCAAGAAAGUGAUCAUAUAAUGAUCCAAAGGUGCUUAUAAGCGCUUAUAAGACUGAAAUCCCCUUCUACGAACUCAAUAGCUUUAAAGAUAGAAAUUAAUCAGACAUGUCGAAGUACACAAGCUUCCCUGAGCCCCAAGAGGAUCCCAAUCCAUUCCAGGAUCCAUCAGUGACCCAACAUAGUACUACUGCAGACUACCCCACACUGGACCUGUACAAUCCCUUUGACAACAGGACGACUGGGCCUCCGCCUCCUUAUGAGACCGCACCGCCGACCGUCGCACCUCAGACUCUACCUAGCAGGACUACACCCACUGAACCCAGGAAUUAUGGAUCCUACAGCACACAGCAAACUGUAGUGAACGCCACAACAGCCGAAUUGCUGAAGAAGCAGGAGGAGUUGGAGAAAAAAGCGAGGGAGCUGGAGAGGAGGGAGAGAGAGCUGGACUCCCAAAGCCGUAGCACGGGCUCCACCUCUCAGAAGAACUGGCCUCCGUUGCCGUCGUUCUGUCCGGUGGGCCCGUGCUUCUAUCAUGACAUAAACGUGGAGAUCAGCCAGGGCUUUCAGCGCAUCGUCACCAUCAUGUACUACUUCUGGAUGUAUUCAGUUUGCACUCUGGUCUUCAACUUCAUCUCCUGUCUUGCUCUGUUUUGUGUGGACACUGGUAGUGGUGUAGGCUUCGGCCUAGCCAUCCUCUGGAUUCUGCUCUUCAGCCCCUGCUCCUUCGUCUGUUGGUACAGGCCUGUGUAUAGAGCAUUCAGGACCGAUAGUUCCUUCAAUUUCUUUGUGUUCUUCUUCAUCUUCUUCGUCCAAGUGGUGGUCUACAUCCUUAUGACAAUUGGGAUUCCUGGCUGGGGCUUCAGUGGAUGGAUAGUGGGUCUUGCUGCAUUAAAGACAAAUACAGCGGUUGGGGUGAUCAUGCUGUUGAAUGCAAUGGUCUUUACUGGUCAGGCUGCCAUGGGAGUGGUUCUGCUCAAGAAGGUCCACUCUCUCUACAGGCAGACUGGCGCUAGCUUCCAGAAGGCCCAGGCAGAGUUUGCCACUGGAGUGCUUUCAAACGAAGCCGUGCGCCAGGCGGCCGUGAGCGCCACGGCCACGGCGGCACAAGGAGCCUUCACCGGACCACGUUAGAGUGGUAGGCAACGUGAUCGGGUGGCUGGAGAGAAACCGAGGAUGAGUAGGAGCCCAAAAAAAGAGUCCCCAGGUGUAGAGAGAAUUGUGUAUAUUUCGAUUGUUACACCAUAAGCACUAGGCCUUUUGCUUGUAUCGGAAAAAUAGAUGCAAUUUAUCAAACCAAAAUUGACUUCCUUUUUUUUUUUUUUUUUUUAAUUUGCCUUAAAUUAGCAUCAUUUAUCAUAUCGCUGACCACUUGACUGUCAUUUCUGAUGAACAGAACCAUGUUCGGGGUUUCAUUGGAAAUUUUUUGAAUUUGUUUCUUACUUCUUUAUUGAUAAUGUGACUAAUAAAAUAAUUAGGAAAGCAGUGCCAAGUAUAUAACACUGCACCAUCUCUCUCUCUCACACACACACACACUCUCUCACUCUCUCUCUUUCUCUCUCUGAUUCUCUUACUCUCUUUUUCUGAUGCUCUCUCCAGCUCGCAUCUCUUUGUUCUCUCUCACUCGGCUUUCUCUUUCCUUCCUCUGCCUCUUUUCCUUCUCUUGUCUUGUCUCUUCUUGCCCCCCCCCCCUCUACGGGGUAAACACUGGCAAAUAAAUAUCAUGUCAUCUGACAUUUAUCUAUUUUCUACUCUAGAACAUGUAAUGGUUUUCUGAUCCGAUUAAAUAAAUCGUGAAGCACUUCAGAGGCACCAGAAGUUGUGCUCGAGUCAUAUUUCUGAUUCUUGAACGCCGUCAUAUGACUCGCCUCUGUCAUUUAUCUGAUGAUUUUUGGUUGAUGUUGCAAAAAUAAGAACGAAAUCUGACCUUUAAUCCAACAGUUACAUUCAGAGCGAGAUGCAGUAUAUAAAGCUCCCUACAGACGAGGAAAGAAACCAAAUGAAACACAAAAGCUAAGUGUAUCCUAAAGGAUAUUAAUACUGAUAUUUGCCUAUAUUACAUAUUGAAUCGCUCUAUAAUCUUGCUCUGUAAUCUAAUACUGUGUGCCAAAAGUCCUUAGGCUCUGUGUAACAACAGUCAGGAGAGACGUGAAUUAUUUGUUAAAGAUUAGCAGCUUCAGUUGAACAAAAUGCUGCCUUAUGCCUCGCUCCUGAGAUUGACGUACAGUCUUACGGAUCCAAGAUUUGUGUUUAUUUUGAAAAGUCCUUCUUCAUGGUGGAUUUCCUUUUCCCAGUGUACCUUGGUGUUUCAAAACCUAUUUGCCUAAAAUCUAUCUGGUCAUAUCUAUUUGUCCUGAAAAGACCAAUAUCUGUAAAAUUCAGACAAAUCUCUAAGGAGUUAAUACACUGUUCCUUCAUACAAAUCUCUCAUUUUGCCAGUAAAACAGGUCCAGACUGUUAAGCGUAAAUCAAACUGCCAGCAGCCACCAUCCAGGACUAUAAUGUAUAAUGUAUACAUUCUUCAUCACUGUCUAAUGUCCUGUUCUCCUCCAUUUUCCCAGUCGACAUUUUUUGCACGGUGCCAAAUGUAUUUAUCCAGUAACUUGUUAUAUUGUUCUCUCAGUUCUGUGGGCUUGUGUUUGUAUUUUUUUUUUGUAUAUUUUUUUUACCUGCUCUGAUGCACUUGAUCCAAGCCUUUCUGUUUUGAUAUCGUUCUGUGAGAUCAAGUGAACACUAAUGUGCUGCUUGUCAUGUUUGUCUGUGGCGUUCAUCUGUUUUAAUAAUGUUAAUACAAAAAAAAUAAUAAAAUUGUCUUGAAGAAACUGA